AUGAAAAUUUUUCAAAAACGUUCACCAAAACUGUUAUAUUUGUCCACGAUUAAUGUUGGAGCAUUUUUGGAAAGUCUUGUCCCUGAAGAAGAGGACGCAACAGGGCAGUCUUUGGAUGAAACAGAUCGUUUACCAUUCACAUUGAGGGUAACUUGGUUCGAUCUGUUUUGCUUUGCGUUUUCCAUGACAACAUAUAUUUGUGAUAUUGUAACCGACCUCAUCGUUGCCUACAUUCAUUAUAGCUUUAAUCGGUACCUUGCUUUCGUUCUUAUCCUUGUUUUGGCCGUUGUACCAGCAAUGCUGCUGAACGUCGUCUCGCUUUUGUGGUGGAUUGAUGAUUUUAUACUCGCUCGCAGGAACAAAACUUCAAGUGACUUUUCAAAAGUUUCACUUGUCGCUAGCGCAUUUAUGCACGUUUUCCAGCUAGGACCGCUAAUUUGGUAUUCAAGAGCCUUGUACGCUGGACUAUGUUUCCGGAAGUGUACCGAAGACAAUGAGAAACGUAAAUUUUAUUGUAAAAUGGUGGUGGCUGAUCGUGACGCUUCUCUUCUAAGGUUUUUUGAGGCAUUUAUUGAGUCCAUGCCACAAGUCCUUGUUCAAGGUUAUGUCUUCGUUGGAAUCUAUUGCAGUCUUACAGAAAACCAAAAACUACCAGUAAUGGCUUAUUUUCAAAUCUUAUCAAUUUUUUGCUCUUUGGUGUCGUCUUGUUGGUCAUUAAUAAUCCAGCAUAGAAACCUUCGCGUUGCUCGGCAAGAUAAAGCAAACAUGACCUUCUAUGAAACCUGCUUGCAGUCUUUUCUUCUUCAGUUUUCGUGGCGUAUUUUAACUAUUGCCUCGCGAUACACGUGUUUGGUCAUGUUUGCAGUUGCUUUCAAUUACUGGAUAUUUGUUGUGCUCGGUAUUCAUUAUUGCGUGUCUAUACUCCAUAUAACUGGAUUACAGUUGAUGUCUGUUGAUACAAAUGGAAAAAUAAAAGUAAUUCGCCUUGGAUUAGUGCUAGUCUGCGCUGCAAUCCAUCUUUUUACGCCAUUUAAUAUGGCCGAAGGGAGGACAAGAUGGCGGUACUUAUGUGCGUACGCUUUGGAAGCAGUUGAAUUUACGGUAUUUAAUUUAAGUUAUCUGCUUCAACUGUACAUGUGGAAGUUCAAAAAAGUUUUUUUAUGCUUUGUAUUGCGGCCAUUCAUUUUAUAA